UAUUGUCAUUGUUUUGGUUCUUUUCUUCCUCUUGCUUUGUUUUUUUCACUGCACUUGCUGUUCUACGUUGUGAAAUAAAAGAUAAAAGCCUCGCCCAUGGAGCAGCAACUGGAGAAGGUCUUGGCGGAGAUCGCCGCGCGACAGGACACGAUGGGCGCUCUGCUGGCGAAUCGUCAGGGAUUGUGCCUGGGCACCAAGGGCGACAUUGACCCCAACGUCUCCGGCAUCGGAAUGGCCAUUUCCGAGCAGGUGGCCAAACUGGAGCAGAACACCACGGUUCCUCCCACCAUCUGCCUGUACAGCGGCAACAAACGCUGUGUGAUCCAGAAGGAUGGCGAGAUCACGGGCGUGAUCUUCAAGCAGCAGACGGCUGCAUCGGCGACCGCCGCCGGCAACUAACAGGAGCUGGGGCCUCAGGCGCAACUCUCAGGCCAAACACGGAAGUCAGGAUACGGAUGCAAAGUCAGAUGCAGACACUACAGAUACAAAUAUAUAGAUCAUACAUAUAUCUUCCAAGACGCGCUUUGCUCGAGUCAGCGCCUGUUACAUUUGUCUCUCGUUCUAACCGAUGAAACCACAACCAUUGUUUUGUACGACUCGCAUAGCAUUAAGCAUUAAGCAUUACCGAUUACGCAUAACGCACUACGCAUUACGCAUUAAGCACUGCUGUUAAUCGCCUUGUCUAAACCUA